AUUACACUGUCUAGUCUACACAGCUCGAGUCAUUUCUGUUCUACUUUAAGGUUUUCUAUAUUCGCACUGCGCAUGCUCAGUGCAGUGCUAAGGAAGAAAGGGGAAAAUGUCUCUGGCGAGCUUUUUACCGGCGCCUACCCAGCUGUCCCAGGACCAGCUGGAGGCAGAGGAGAAGAUCCGAGCCCAGAAGUCCUACUCCACCGCCUUGGUAUCAUCCCGGAGAGAGCCUCCUCCUUAUGGACACAGGAAAGGCUGGGUGCCACGCUCACUUGAGGACUUUGGAGAUGGAGGUGCUUUUCCUGAGAUCCAUGUGGCCCAGUUUCCUCUGGAGAUGGGCAGGAAGAAGAAGACAUCCAACGCUCUGGCAGUGCAGGUGGAUGCUGAAGGAAAGAUCAAAUAUGAUGCCAUCGCGAGACAAGGACAGGGCAAGGACAAGGUGGUCUUCAGUAAGUACACAGACCUACUUCCUAAAGAAGUUCUGAAUGAAGACACCCCAGAGCUACAGAAACCUGAUGAGGAGGCUAUACAAGAGCUGACAGAGAAGACCCGCGCUGCCCUUGAGAAGCAGGUGUCUCAAAAGAUUGCUGCUGCCAUGCCUGUAAGAGCAGCAGACAAACAGGCUCCUGCACAGUACAUCAGAUACACCCCGUCCCAGCAGGGAGUGGCUUUUAACUCAGGGGCCAAACAGAGAGUCAUCCGCAUGGUUGAAAUGCAGAAAGACCCCAUGGAACCGCCACGUUUCAAGAUUAAUAAGAAGAUUCCUCGAGGACCUCCUUCUCCCCCUGCCCCGGUCAUGCAUUCUCCAAGCAGAAAGAUGACAGUAAAAGAACAGCAGGAGUGGAAGAUUCCUCCAUGCAUCUCUAACUGGAAGAACGCUAAGGGCUACACCAUUCCUCUGGACAAACGUCUGGCUGCUGAUGGUCGGGGGCUGCAAACAGUUCACAUUAAUGAAAACUUUGCCAAGCUGGCCGAGGCGCUCUACAUCGCUGAUAGAAAGGCCAGGGAGGCAGUGGAGAUGAGAGCCCAGGUGGAGAAGAAGAUGGCCCAGAAGGAGAAGGAAAAGAAGGAGGAGAAACUCAGGGAGCUGGCUCAAAUUGCUCGAGAUCGCAGGGCGGGAAUUAAAAGUCACGGGGAUAAAGCAGGUGGCGAGGACGGUGAAGCAAGGGAGCGUGACGAGAUCCGCCAUGACAGAAGGAAAGACAGACAGCACGACAGGAACAUUUCCAGGGCUGCUCCUGAUAAGAGGUCGAAGCUGCAGCGAGACCAGGACAGGGACAUCAGUGAGCUCAUCGCUCUGGGAGUGCCCAACCCUCGUUCCUCCAGCGAGGCUCAGUAUGACCAACGUCUCUUCAAUCAGAGCAAGGGUAUGGACAGCGGUUUUGCUGGCGGUGAGGACGACACAUACAACGUGUACGACCAGCCGUUCCGCAGCGGCAGAGACAUGGCCUCAAACAUCUACAGGCCCAGUAAGAGCAUAGACAAGGACGCCUACACAGAUGACUUCGACACACUCAUGCAAAACAACAGGUUUGUUCCAGACAAAGAGUUCUCUGGCGGCGACCACGGGCAGAGGCGGGAAGGCCCAGUCCAAUUUGAGGAGGAUCCCUUCGGUCUGGACAAGUUCUUGGAGGAGGCCAAGCAGCACGGCGGCUCCAAGAGGCCCUCCACCAGCAGCCGCUCAAAGGACGACUACCACGACAAGAAACGCAGGAAGGAGUGAGAGCAGCCCCGUCGCUCAGGGCAACAGCUGCUUGCAUGUUAAGAGGACCGGGGUGGUAGCCUUGCAACUUUCGCAGGGGCUGAGAGGUGUUUUUAUUAUACUCAAGUCUCUAUUGGGUUUUCUUUCAGAGUGAGAGAAGAUGAGAGAUUGUAAACAUUUUUUUUUAUUCUUUAUUUUCUAUUCUUUUUGUUUUCCUUAUUUGUUGUUUAUUCAGCUGUAGUCAGAACACGCUGAGCAUUCGAUGUCAUCUGCGCUAAAAUGUAACAUGGCUGACUGAUGUUAGAUAUAAUGAAAGUGGAGCUGAAAGGAUAGCUGUUUGUUGUAUGAGUGCGUGUGUGUGUGUGUGUGUGUGUGUGUGUGUGUGUGUGUGUGUGGGAUCUGAAAACUUAUUGGUACAGUGCAACCAAUGACAUUUCGGAUGUGGACGAUGAUACUUAGGGUCUAUGCCGUGGAAAUAUGUAUGUAUUUUUUCCCCCACAUGUAUACAGAGUAAACCCAGCAAAAUCUCAGCAGGAACCACUCCCUCUCCACCACCAACACCCCCCCCCCACCUUAUUUUUUUGUGUUAAUAUUUAAGCCCCUAGUGUAUUUGUUACAGCUACAGCCCGUAUUUGAUGCCAGAUAAUGUACAGCAGUAUAAACUUACCUGUAAGUUGUAAAGCAAACCAGCUUUAUAAUUCUUGUACAAUACUACCAAUGGAAUAAAUUUGAUAUAGUGUGUCA